CAACAUCAAUCAAAAAUGGCUUUGAAUAUGAAUACUCCAAAUAUCAAUAAUAUUAAUAGCAUUAAUAAUAAUAUUGCUAAUAAUGUUUCGAAUAAUAAUAAUAAUAAUAUUCGAGCAAAUCAACAUCAAAGAUCACAACCAUCAUCAACAACAACAAUAACAUCAUUAAUAACAAAACUGCAACAAUCAUUUAGUGAUGCUAUGUCAACACAGAAAACAACAGUUGAUCGAAGAAAUUUUGAAAAAACUUAUAAAAAUAUGAAUAAGGUUGUCAAACUUUGUCAACAUAGCCGAAUGAAUUUAAAAAAUUCACCACCAUUUAUAUUGGAUAUUUUACCUGAAACAUUUCAACAUUUAACCACUGUUUAUAGUAAACAUGAAGAUCGUUUAAAUAUUUUAGAUGAAAAUGAAUAUUUUCGUAUAUUUUUAGAAAAUUUAAAUAAAAAAUGUAAACAAGCUAUAAAAUUAUUUAAAGAAGGAAAAGAAAAAAUGUUUGAUGAAACAAGUACCUAUCGUCGUAAUCUAACCAAAUUAUCAUUGGUAUUUAGUCAUAUGUUAUCCGAGCUUAAAGCCAUAUUUCCAAAUGGUUCAUUUGCAGCCGAUAAUUUUCGUAUAACAAAAUCGGAUGCAGCUGAUUUUUGGAAAAAUUCAUUCGGUGAUCGUACUAUUGUACCAUGGAGAUUUUUUCGACAAGCAUUACAUCAAACUCAUCAGAUUAGUUCAAGCCUAGAAGCAAUGGCAUUAAAAUCAACUAUCGAUCUUACCUGUAAUGAUUAUAUUUCCAAUUUUGAAUUUGAUGUUUUUACCAGACUUUUUCAACCAUGGUCAACAUUGCUAAAAAAUUGGCAAAUAUUAGCCGUAACACAUCCUGGUUAUGUUGCCUUUCUUACAUAUGAUGAAGUAAAAGCACGUUUACAAAAAUAUAUUAAUAAACCAGGAAGUUAUGUAUUUCGAUUAUCAUGUACAAGACUUGGUCAAUGGGCUAUUGGUUAUGUAACACCUGAUGGUAAUAUUUUACAAACAAUACCACAAAAUAAAUCACUUUGUCAAGCAUUAUUGGAUGGUUAUCGUGAAGGAUUUUAUCGAUAUCCAGAUGGACGAAAUAUAAAUCCUGAUCUAACAUUAGCUGUAACAUCAAUGCCUGAAGAUCAUAUUCGUGUUACCCAGGAACAAUAUGAAUUAUAUUGUGAAAUGGGAUCAACAUUUCAAUUAUGUAAAAUAUGUGCCGAAAAUGAUAAAGAUAUUCGUAUUGAACCAUGUGGUCAUUUAUUAUGUACACCUUGUUUGAAUGCUUGGCAGGAUACUGAAGGUCAAGGAUGUCCAUUUUGUCGAGCUGAAAUUAAAGGAACCGAACAAGUGGUUGUUGAUCCAUUUGAUCCACGUGGAGGAAUAUCCUAUCAUCCGAAAAUGUCUUCCAUACAGAAUAAAAAUCUUAAUAAAACUGCCAAUUCUUCCAAUGGUGGUGGUACCAGUACCAGUGGUGGUGGAAAUACAAAUAAUAAUAAUAAUCCAUCAUCGUCAUCAUCUUCAAAUAAUAAUAAUGUGCCUAAAACAACAACAACAAUAACAAAUCAAGAUCUUAGUAAUAAUCAUAAUAAUAAUAAUAAUAACAAUAAUCAAGAUAAUCUUGAUGAAAGUGAAAAUUGUUUCGAGGAUCCAAAUACAUGGAUAGAAUCAUUACAUUCAUUACCGGAUAAUGUUAUGGAAAUUGAGAAUCGACAACGUUCAAUGAAUGGCGAAUCACAGCAACAACAACAACAGCCACCACCAAUUCCACCAAGAAAAUCAUCACCAAUAACAACACCUAAACAUCAGCCAAUCAUCAUUUCAUCAUCAUCAUUACAAUUGUUGAAUAAUUUAGAUAAUCGAAAAACAACAACGACGACGACGAAUGAUGAUUUAAUUCCAUUACAACAACAACAAUCAUCAUCAUCAUGUCAUCAUCCAAUGUUGUUGUUGAAAACAAUCAACAACAACAAUCAUAAUAAUGGCAAUGGAAUAGUCGAUGAUAAUUCAACAACACCAGUAUGGCCUAUAUUAAAAUAGAUUUUUGUCAACAUUCUGUGAAUGACAUCCAAACGCUAAUCAGAUUAUGUAAUAUAAACAAUGAUAUAUUGCUACUGUUGUUCAAAAAAAAUAGCCAAAAAAAAUGAUUACAAGUUUG